AAAUUUGGGAGUUUGAAUUGUUUGUGACGAAGUCGCUUACAGUGUAAAGAGGGAGCUGCUAGUAAAACAGUGUAUCCAGGCCACACAGGUCAGAAAAUGGAGAAGGUUAAUGUCGUAAUUCCGGCACCUAGUGGAUUCUGUGUGCUUUGCGGAUCCAAAACGAGUCUGGUUUGCCAUCGAUGCGGUGACUUUUAUUGUACAAAGAAAUGCCAGCUUAACGAUUGGCAACGCCAUAGGUAUAUAUGCUUUUCAAUACCCGCUCUGGUGCAUCCACUAGAGUGCUCCGCUUUUGGCGUUAUGGAAGUACCCCCAAAGCCUGCAGCUCAACAAAUUGUUCACGAAUUAGCUGUCAAAAAUGCCGCAUCGGCAUUCAACACAGACGAUGCCAGCAUAGAUGAAGCAAAAGCUGAGCUGUCUAUAAAAUCAACUGAAUCAUCUGAACCUAUCCCUCCGAUAGCAGAUGGCGUUGCGAACGGAAAUAUAGAAGAGUGUGAUAAGACCAGCAACACAAACGAAACAGUGAAAAAUGUCGCUGUCGCUGUCGCUAAGCCGGCAUUCAGCAAUAACAAUAACAAUAACAGCUCAAAUAACAGCACUUCAAAGAAAAUGGAUUUGAAAUUUAAAGGUCCGCCUCAAGUGGCCAUGCCUGUGAAUGGGAGCGUUGUUUACAUCACAGGGUUUCGGUCGCCGAAUCGCUGCUUUAUACGCGACGCUGGCGAAUCCGCUGAGAAAGCAUAUUUAGAAAUCUGUCAGAAGGUCAACUUACUAGGCAAGGAGCUGCCGGAAAUACAGAAACUUAAGGUUUAUGGCUAUGCGCUGGCCAAAUACAAUGGACAGUUUCAGCGUGUCAAAGUAAUUGGAGUGCGCACCAAUCAGUGUGCGCGUCUCCAAUACUUGGAUUUGGGUUUCGCCAAGCCACGAAAUGGUGCUGAAAUGCGCGAAAUUAGCGACGAGCUGUUGGAACUGCCCUGCCACAGCUUGGAGCUGCAGCUUAAGGGUGUGCCAAACUAUGCAUUAAGCGAUCAACUUAAUGGGUUUCUUUCACAGUUCGAGGGAGAAAGAUUUGUAAUUAACAAUGUCGGCAAUAAGCAAAUAGAAUUGGUGCAUGUGGAGACGCUCAAAUCGUUGAACAUACAGAUACUCGAUUUUAGUUCGAAUAUGCAAGUUUUUGGUAGCCCAACGGUAUCAUUUGACAAAAAGGCAACGCCAUUCAAUGCAGGCACUCAACAAAACAACAACAACAACAAUUUGGAGCUCAAAACUGUGUCAGCUACCAAGGAACUAAAAUUAGUAUCUGUUGUAAAGACGCCCCAACUAGACACAAAAAGUGCUCAAUUGGUAAAAGCUAUGGAAGAAAAAUUGAAAAAGGAUCAAACACAACAAGAUAAGGGAAUAUUAUGUUAUAAUUUAGAUGAGGAAUCAAAGAACUCUGAAGAGAAACCAAAAGAAAAUGUGCCAUUUAAUAAUAGACCAGUGGAAACCAUUCCAACUUUAGCAUUUGAAUCUAGCAAAAAUGAAUAUUUCAAAAGUGAAGCGAUCGCAAAUUUAAAAAACGAAAUACCCAUGAUAACUCAAACCACUUUUAAGCCUGCAGUAACAGUUGUUGAUAACCAGAGUCCGAUCACAUCGAAAACAAUUGAUAAAACUAAUGUUGAGCCUUUGUUAGUUCCUCCCUUCGAAAUGCACCGUAUUAUUAUCAAAAAUAAGGAAGGACUCGAUGUUUUCAUUGUGGACAAUGCGAACGUUUCCCGAGGCAUUAUUGGCGCCUUCGAUAGCACAUAUGCGCGAGAUUUCUCCCAGCUGCAUUCUCGUCUGUCGGAAUUCAAGGACUCGCAGCCCUACAGACCUAUGCUCAAGGAAUACGUCAUAGCUAAGUUCGAAAACGAAUGGUAUCGCGCCAGGGUGACUGAAAUAAAAAAGAAUCGGGUCAACUGCACUUACAACGUAAUGUACAUUGAAUUUACCAAUGUAUCCACGGUAACCGAAGAGGAUAUUCGCCGUUAUCCAGCCGACUUGACAGUACCCUGUCAUACCAGCAUUUGUCUAAUUGAAGGUUUUCCGCACCGACCAACCAAGUCACAGAUUAACUUUUUGGAAGCGAAACUACAAAUGCACAGCUUGUUGCACAUCGAUUCAGUUAGUUAUUUACAGGAUAUGGCAUUGAUUAAAUGCAAUGCCUUGAUUGAAGAACUUCAAAAAGCAUAAGACCACAGGAACAAAUCACAUUGUUAAUUUACCAAAUUUUGUAUAAAUAUUUUUGUACAAACUUACAAAAUGUUAAAAAAAAAUAAUAUUUUUAUACAUUUUGCAAUCAGAUUUCUUCAAAAUAGAGAGAUGGGCGGCCGCAUAUUUUUUCGUAGCCCCAAGUCGCAAUUUAUACAUAUCCAUUAAUCAUUAAAAGUGACGAAUUGUUAAACUAGAAA